UUUCCAGGAUAAUCGAUAAUAAGGGCGAGCAAGGUGUACUAUACUGUCGUGAACGAGAGACGUAGUUUUAAAACUGAAGAUUUUCCGGGUGCUUUAAGUCGUUUAGUUCUAACGCGUAUUAAAAAUAACUGCGAAGCUACGAUCGAUCGGGUGGGUUGAAUUUUCCGUUUUCGCUGGGCGCGUACUAAGUAUAUGCGACUGAUAAUUUUCAUCGGUAAGCGUUGGAAUAUUUUUGAAUCGUUAGUCAGCGUAAGUGUGUCGUCUAUAGAAUUUCAAACCGGCUAGUCGAUCCGUAGAAAAGCUUUCCGAUUACCUGGAAAUCAUGGCGUCGAAGGUUAUGGUAAAAUUGCCCGUCGCUCCGUUCAGCCAGGUGAACAAAUCAAAGUCGGGAAACGGUAAUGGAGGAGACAUCGUCCUGCCACGGUCGCCCGACUUAUCGUCCAGGAACGGCGUCACGACUUCCAAGAGUCCGGAUCAAACCCGGAUAACCCAGCUCGAACACAACAUCAAAUUCCUGCAGGAGCAGCACCAGCUGAUGUUGGCGGGCCUCCACAGCGAAAUCGAAAUCCUUAAAAGCAAAAAUCGAGAGUUGCAAUUCCAAUUGGUAUUCGUGAGGGGCUCGACUCCGACCAGUUCAUCGUCUCCGUCGUCACCAGACGAAGAUAUGAAGCACAAGGUAUAUUCAAGUCCAAAACCUUUCAAUAGCACCCCGCUCCAAAUAGAGCUCUUGGAGAAGGAGAUGGGUGAACUUAAAUUGCAAAUGCAAGACGUGGAGAGCAGGAACGUCUAUCUGUCAGCCAUCGUUGAUGAGCAAAAAAAGAAACUCGAACGAUACGAGCGGGAGCGAGAAAAGGAACGCGAACAUCGGGUCAACUCGGACGAAAACGAACUGUUGCGCAAGCUGGAUGAUGCGGAGGUUCUGAUUAGGAGGCUGCGCAGGGAGAAUUCCGAUAUGCGCAGAGGCGUGCAGGCCGGGUCCAGCGCGCCGCAGCAACAGGUCCACUACCAUGGACAGCAGCAGCAUAACAGAGAUAACGGCUAUCAAUCGCCGAGGCCUCAAGGCAACAGGGGUGGAAGCGGGAGGCACAGAUCCGGCAACAACGGCCAACAUUACAACCGGGGAGGGUGGUUUCCGCCGCUUCAUUCGCAGAAUUUUUGGCAGGGAAACAGAUCCAAUGGGCGGAAUCAAGGCGGCAUGCAGGAGAACGCGGGAUCCGAAAACGUCCUGCCCACUUUGCCAAUAACGGAAAACGGAUCCGGUACUUACCAGUACCACCGGAAGGGCUCCAACAACAACCAUUACCACCACGGCGGUGAGGGUAGGAAAUCGAGAGGGGGUCACAAAAACGGGAAACCUUCCUAAGGGGCAGUCCAAGUUGACAUACCCACUGACCGUGGUUUUCUUCGAAACCGCUUUGAGGCUGUUUUUUAUAACCUUUAAAGUAUACAUUUUAUAUAGAAAUAUGUAAUUUAGAACGUUUAUUCUAUAAAUUCGAUUCUACCUAUUUGGAUUAUAUGGAAAAAAGAUUGAAAAAUUAUAAUUAACCUACGUCUAUACUUUUUAAUUUUUGAGAUUCAGGGUGGUAAAGUUUUCAGGACAAAAUAUAUGUAUUCAUAUUAUCUGAGAAACAAUUUAGAUGGACAAUAGCGUCCAAAUUUUUAUAAUCCAACGUUGAACCUCUUUUCAAACAAAAUUUGAUAUUACCUUUUUAAAAAUAAUUUUCAGCGUUUUUUCUGUUAGGAUUUACAUAAAAAGUUUUUGAAGAAUACUUAACAAAGUCACUUAAUUUUUUAAAGUAAUUAUUUAUUCAUUCAUAAUUGAGCACUAUAAAAUUAAUUGAAAUUAUUUAAUAAAUAUACAUUAUAAAAAUAUUUUUCACUACAAAAUCUGCGUCCAAUACUUAAGAAAGUCGCUUAAUUAAUUCAUUUAAUUAAGUAUUAAUAAUUAGGUAUUAUAAAAUUAAAUAAAAUUCUUUAUUUAAUUUAAUUACUUCAAUUGUAAGUAUAAUUUGACUUUACAAUUUUUUUUACAGUUUUUUCCUACUCCGAUUUACUUUAAAAUAUUUUUCUACAAAAACCUCAGACAAAUACUUAACGAAACUUGACAAAGCCUCCUUUUCUGGACACCCUGUAAUAACGUACUCACUACAAAAAUGGUCAUUUCAAAUGGACUUUCAGAUAUUAUUGAAAUCGUCAAUAGGAAUAUUGUCGUAUAUUUCGAAAUCUUUCGUGUAGCUUUAUAUCCUUAGAACUGGAUGUUAAGCUUCUAGGACAAUGCGAAAAAGUAGUCGCUAGAUAAGCGAAAGGCAACCGGGGGUGAUAUAGACGAAUACUCAACUAUAAUUAUGAAAAAAAGCGGUAUAUGUUACGUGUAACUAUUUAAAGAACAAAAAAAACGAUAGUCUAGCUGUGAUGCACUUAUGUAUGUCUCAACAUUAUACUCUAUACUAUUAUUAUACAUAUGUAUCUAUUCAUUUUCGAGCUGGGAAACGUUUAUGUAAUAAAUUAAUUCUGUUCCAAUAAAAGUUGUAAAAGAAUGUGGCGUCCUUACAUUGUAGAUCGUACCUUCUUCCUUCGUCAAUCUAUUAUUUUGAAAACGACACAAUCACUAUAGGUUCUUUUUGAAAAAUUUUAAAAAUUAUGUUAACGAUGUUAGAAUUCAGUUGGAUGGCAAAAAAUUACCUCUAAUGGCCAGGACUGCUAAAGGUCAACCGCCAGUUUGCACA